AUGGAGACAAUUCUUAGAAAACUCAGAAGAUCCAGUCGAAAAAAAAAAAAAAUGGUAGAAGUUGACAUCAUUGACGAGGGGGAUUGGGCCCAUGCGAAGACGCUCGACUUGGAAGGAGACCCGUUUGGCUACUCUGAUAAGACCAAAAAAAAAAGUGUUAGGAAAAACGAACGCGAAAAUGAAAAGCGAGAAGCGAGCUCAGACGACGUUUACACAUUCAAUGAUGACUUGGGGGAUAACAGCACUCAUACCGUGGGAAAAUAUCUGGCGAGGUCCCUCUCACGAGGAAAUGAAGACGUAACGAAUGGAAGCACCGAUUUUGCAAAUGAGUACUACGUAAAGAAGAAGAGAAGCGAGAGACAUGGACACGUCAACGGGGACAAGUACGAACGUGACGACACGCACGAAUAUAGAAUCGGCCGCAAAAAGGGCGCCACUAGGCACGCGGACCUCCAGUUUGAAAAAUACGCCGGCGAAACGAAGGAGUUCUCGGAAGUCGAGGAGGAAGUGGACUCCUAUCCCGAGGUCGACAUGGACGCCAUGCAUGAAGAGCUGUCCAAGGGGGGUGCUCACGAGGAGCAUGAGUAUCUAGGGGAUGAGGAGGAAGAGUACGCUUAUGUUGAGGCGGACGUGAAACAGGAAUAUGAUGAACAGGGGGUAGACGAAUAUGCAGAUGAAGCGGUCGAAGAAUAUGCAGAUGAGGAAGUCGAAGAAUAUGCAGACGAAGAGCCUGACGAAGAGGCUAACGAGGAACUCCCUGAAGUGGACGGGGGGGUGAACUCUAUGCACCAUCGAGAGAGGCGCAAGGGCUGCCUCAGGCAAGGACAAGUCGAAAAGCACAAGAAAACGAUGUCGGACGAACAACAAGGAACAAGCAUCACAGACAGAAAAACGACAGAUACACUGGAAGAGUCAGAAGGAAAAGAAGAAUACGUAGAGGAAAAACUAGAAGUAUAUAACAAUGAGGAGAUAGACGAACAAGUCGAAAUUGCACACGUCAAAGGAAAAGGGAGGUGUAUGUUUACAAAAAAAAACAUAGAUGCAGGGAGCAUUAUAUUUGUGGAGAAACCGUUGAUAAUUAUUACCCCCGAUUUGAAUGAAGAGUUAUGGGUAUAUUUAAAUAAAUUGAACAAUGAAGAAAGUUUCGAGUUACCUCUCAAGUGGCACUACGCUGCAUUAUGCACCAUUACGACACUUAACGAUAGUGAUUUCAGGGCUUGUAUCGACAAAUGGAUUCCUGAACCCGAUAGAGACGCAGAUGCAGAUGUAUUCAACGUGCUGAAUAAGGUGUGCGAUAAAAAGUUCGCAAAAAAUGGGAAGCUGCAAUAUUUUUUUAUGAAGAAAAUGAUAGACCCAAAAAUAUACGACAGGAUCAUACAGGUGUGGCACUACAAUGCCUUUGGCCAUCACACGGACAAUGAAGGACUGGUCCUGUACAACCGAAUUUCCAUGCUCGCCCACAGCUGCAACUCGACUGCCUGCUGGCAUUACGGAAGCGACGACAGCUUUGUCUUGCGCGCCAGAGUGAAGCUGUCGGUGGGGGAUGAGCUCACCAUAUCCUACCUCGGAGACGACGACUUGUACAAGUCCUCCAACAUAAGAAGAGAAAAGCUUAUCAACUGGUUAUUCGUUUGCAUGUGCAGCAGAUGUACAAACCCGAUUGACAAGUCAAGGGGGUUCAAAUGUUCCACGUGCGGCAUAGGCACCUUCUUCAUCAAGAGCGAGUACCAUGAUGAAAUUCCCAUAGUGACCAAGUGCAACAUCUGCGAAUCGGAAGUAUCGGAGUCCAUGGCAUAUGAAUACAUCGAGUACGAGAAAAGUUACAUAGAGAGAUUGCAAGACACAGACAAAACAGACCUGGCAGAUGCAUUGGCAGUGUAUGUCCAGGCAGAAAAAAUAUUUACACAGCACUGGAUUAUGUACCAGUUAUACACAAUAUUAUUUGAGGGGUACAGAGACACAUGCAAUUGGGAGAAGGCUAUAUAUUAUCAGACGCAGCGAAUCAAAUAUGCCGUGGAAGUCAUUCCAAGGGCAAAUUAUGUGCUGGCUUGGUUAUACGAGGAAUUGGGGGAGGUUCACGCGAAUUCCAUAAGCACUGAGAUUUUGCAGUCGGAAAGGGACUUCACCAUCUCGUAUGAGGAGAAGAAGAGAAUCUGCUCGCACUUCCUGAAGUCUAUUCACCUGCUGGAAAUCCUCUGCGGGUAUUCCCACGACUACCUGAAGGAUUCAUUAAAUAAAUACUACCGCAUCGACAGUUUAACGAGCAAGGAUGCUCCGCAAAUCGAGGAGUAA